GCCGCAAUGAUUGCAAACGCUCGACAAGAGACAUUAGGAUAUCUGCUUAUACUAGCAGCGACCUCUUGUUUCGGCGACUACCCACGCUUACGAGAGCUCGCUCAAAAGCGCAACAUCUUUGUCGGCUCUGCUGCAAAUGCAGGCCGCAUCUCAUCGGACACUGACCAUGAGUACGACAAGGUACUCAAGGAACAGUUCAGUAUAGUGACACCCGAGAACGCCUGCAAAUGGCAACCUACGGAGCCUCAACAAGGCAAGUUUGACUUCAAGGAAUGCGACCUCAUUUACAACACAACUAGACAGUACAAUCAGUCUUUUCGAGGACACAACCUUUGCUGGGGCGCUUACAACCCAUCUUGGCUCGCUAACCUUGCGGGAAACAGAUCGGCACUAGAAGCUGCGCUUCAAAACCACAUCGUGACGGUAGCAGGACGAUACCGCGGCAAAGCUUAUGCAUGGGAUGUAGUCAAUGAGGCUGUAUCGGAUCACCCCAACGGUAGUGACUAUUUGAAACAUAACAUCUGGUAUCCAACAGUUUCCAACUAUAUUGAUCUCUCUUUCCAAAAUGCCCGUAAAGCAGAUCCGCAAGCCAAAUUAUUUUACAAUGAUUAUGCAGCUGAAGGUCUCAACAGUAAGAGCAACGCAAUCUACAACAUGAUCAAAUCAAUGCUGUCUAGAGGAAUCCCUAUCGACGGAAUAGGAUUACAAGCCCACCUAUCGAUUUCUGGAAGUAAAGAAUCGCUCGGUGAAAGUAAAGUGUCCGCUCCACCUUCCUAUGAAGAUAUGGCUGAAAAUGUAAAACGUUUUGCUGAUCUUGGACUAGAGGUGCACUUUACAGAGAUGGACGUCAACAUGAAAGGUGCGACCGGAUCCGACAGUGAAAAACUUGAGAAACAAGCACAAGUGUACAAGAGUGUUUUAGAAGCCUGCCUGAGCAGCAGCAAAUGCAAAAACUAUGAAGUUUGGGGCUUUACGGACAAGUACACGUGGCUGGGUCCUGAGAAUAAGCCCGAUCUCUUUGAUACUAAUUACCAGCCAAAGCCCUGCUUUAAGGGUGUCGUCACCGCUCUGGAAGAAAGACGUCACGUGACUGGUCUUAACUAAUUGAUUCACUCACGAUAUUGACUUCCAAUUCAUGCCGCGGUUUUCAUCUCUAGCUUGGCGUGUGCUGCUUGUAGUAUCUUUUGUAUUACAUACUUAGUGGUAAGACUGACUCACUGUCAGUACGGUACCGCCACGCAGUCAUCAC